AUGUCUAUCUGCUCCACAGCUACCGCGACUUCGGUACCGUCACGCGCGGCGUCACCGCUUUACCUGCAGGACGACACCGGCUCGACUUGUUCCUCAGACAGUGACGAGAACGAGCUGGAAUCGAGACUCCUUCCCGAUUCGCACCGACGCAGCUUUUCUUUUACCAGUGCACCCCGGUGGUCCGCAGGUGGUCCGUUCAGGCGACGACGGAGAGGCAGAUGGGAGCGUGGGUCGUGGAGGUGGGCGUUCAGGAAAUAUGUCCUACCGUUCAUACCCAAGACACCGCUAACUAUACUAUUCACGCUGCUUCUAUUGACUGCCUUCGCAAUAUCCCUGGCUCACUUGAUCAUAUACUCCUUAAAUCCGGAUAAACAGGCACUACCAUGGCGCGGAUACUGCACAAUACCCAACUUUUCCACGGAACCUCCACCAACACACCUGGGCCCAUACGACUCUUUCCCAAUACUCCCACCAAAUGGCACUUUCGAGCCUAUAUCUUUUCCACCAGACAACCUGGAAACCCUUUCGCCCGCUGGAGUAUUUAUCGGUGUUUUCAGCAUGGACACUGGCUUCGAGCGUCGGUCGCUUAUCCGGUCGACAUAUGCCAGUCAUCCGCGCAGCAGGAACGGCGCAGGAGAUGGAGACGGUGGCGUUGGUACAUCGCGCACGGUGGUGAGGUUCGUCAUGGGAAAACCUCGCAAAGAAUGGGAGCGUAGGAUCCAGCUUGAGCAGGAAGCCUACAAUGAUAUUGUUAUUCUUCCAAUAAGGGAGAAUAUGAACGAUGGAAAGACACAAGCCUUCUUCCAAUGGGCGGCGGCCGGUGCUUGGGUUCCACCUCUCUACUUCGACAACUACACCACAGUCCCGCAAAACCUUUCCUAUACCAACCGAACAGCACCCGCCCCUCGCCUGAGUCAGCAUGAUCCUAUCCAUGCACACCAGGAUAUGCUCACGGGGAAUCCAAAGCCUUGGGUACGGCCUGACUUCAUCAUAAAGGCUGACGAUGAUUCUUUCGUCAUGCUGGCCGAAUUGGAGGCACGUCUCCGCGUGGAGUUGCACGGCGGACCUUUACCUCGUCAGUACACCGUGCCGCCUGCCCCUCUACUAGUUGCUCCUCCAGUAACGCCGGGUCAAUCGACUGUCUACCACCCACCAAACGAUGACCCUCUGAUAUACUGGGGCUAUCUGGUGAAGAACCGCUUCAUGGCAGGAGAGCUAUAUGCACUCAGUCAUAGCCUCGUCGACUGGAUAGCCAAUGACCCGACUGUCCGCGACUACGUGAGGGGUGCCGAGGACCAGAUUACCGCUUUCUGGAUCAGAUGGCAUCCUCGCGCACAAGAUGUUCGAUGGAUCCGGGAGAGGUGCACGGUCUAUGACCAUCCAAAGUCGGGGACAGUGUACGCGCGAGGUUUCUUCUUCCCAUCGGAGGCAGAGCGCGUGCAGAAGGAAAUAAUGUACGAUCUUGACCGGUGGAACAAGGCGAAAGAGGACGCGCUCAGGAUACAGAGCGAACCAGAAGGCUACGUUGAAGUGUUUGGCCCUCGUGGUGUCACACCGCCGUCAUGGGUACUGUCUACCGUCACCGCGUUCCGUGUCCGAUAUGCACCACCGGUGCCGGAUCUGCCUUCCAACUACAGUCUUGAGGCACUCGUGGAAGGGUCGGAGAUGUCCAGACUAAGAAAAAACAAUGCCACCAUGGCUGACGAGGUCUGGCGGAAUCGCGAAGGAAGGGCGAGGCAAUACCGAGGGAAGCGUGUCGGCGGCACGACUGUGAUCCAUUCCAUCAAGAAACAUAUGUGGUUCCUUGAGGCCGCCGUGGCGCUUCUAGAGGGAGACGAAUACACAGAAGCCGAGCUCGCCGCACAAGCGUCAUAA